CGGCUACCGACACCUGGGGCCCCGAACGAACUCUAUCGAGAUGGCCACGAGACUAGGCACUAGCGAUCCGAAACCACCAUUUGCGUGUACCCAUUGACACUGGGCUCCCUCCCAAUCAUUAAGAGGCCCAGACCCACCUCGGGUCCUCACCAGUCACCUCCCACGGCAUCGCUCUCUACAACCAAAGCCACUCGUAUCCAUAUCCAAAUCCAUUACUGCACCCAAAUGGGUUCAACUCGGUCUCAGCCGAUCGGAGCUCUUCCUGAGUCCUGACCCUCACUUUCGCCGCCGGAAACGGUGGGAACCAUCCUAUUCUCUUCAGUUCCCUGGUGUCGUCGAGUCCCACCUCGUUUCCCCGAAGCACCUCCAAGAUGACAACGUGUCCAACUAGUUCAUCCACCACACAACACCUCCGACGCCGAGACCAACAACGCCAGGAUGGCUCUGCUCGAUGUUCGCAACGUGGUUAUUUCUCUCAGUGACAUCUGGGAAGUCUUUCGGCUCGGACCCGAGCUGGCGGGCCAUUUGGGCUGUGGCCGGGUGCUCAGACAAAACGGUCCCGCUCAAGUGUUUGAUACCGUUUCUGUGUUCCUCGAACAAUAUGGUGAUAACAAUUACCAAAGUGGUGGACUUUAUUUCGUCUCUGCGGAAUUAUAUGGGGACCGUGGAAGGCUUUGAGUUCCACCAGUUUCCGAAUUGGGAGCGGUUAGCAAUGGUUUCUGAGGAUUACAGGGAGAAAGCUCUGCUCCUGCUGUUGUGACUACCAUGUGCAGAUCCUAAAGAAUAACAGAGUAAAGUUAAAUUUGCUUGUGAAAUUGUGAUAUAUCAAAGAAAGUACUUGUUAACAGGUUCUAGUAGACAAUAGUCGGGAGGAAAAUAGACAUGUUGAAGCGUAUUGUUUUCAUUGAAAAAGACAAAACAACAAGGCACUGUGUUGAAAGCUUAGUGAAAAGGCUUGUUGUAGUAUGGAAUGAAAAGGCUUCGAAGGGAAGAAGGAAAAAUUAUGAAUGAAGCAGUCUUCCUUGCACACUUAAAGGUGUGGAUAAUAUGAUGAGUAAGAAAAUGCAAGCCAUCACUUCCACAAAUCUUGAAAAGAGAAGCUCACAAAUUGCAUAAAUUUCCACGUGGAAGAGGCGUACUGAAUUUGUUAUUAUAUGUAGAAUUCACACGUUCAUAUUUGUGAUCCACCAAUUACUUGAAAAGAAAUCAAGGAAACAUGACACUUGCCUACGAACUCGCCAUUUACAAAUGCAUGGAGAAUGUGGCUGCGGGAUCCAACAUUAAGUACAGAUUGAGCAUUUGAGUUUUCAUUCUGAAACCUGCAUGUAUAUCGUCGAUAACAUUCAUUUUAGUAGCAUAAGGCUUAGUCCUAUUCAGCCAACUUUCACUUCAAGUCAACUAUAUUGACUUUAAAUUAACUUUACCUGAAAGUGUACCAAAGAUAAUCAGACGCAGCUUUUGUUGUACUCAUUUGCUCUAACAGUGUAUUCGCUCGUAAUGAAGUGUCCUGGAAUUUGGGGAUGA